AACAAAGAAAUUUCCAAGUCAUUUCAGGAUUGAAGAAAAUUUCCCCUCCAAUCACGUCAUGUUCAACUCCAUCAUCCUAACACCACCAAACAACCCACAAAACUCGACCCCUAUUUGCACUCCCACCAUGGAAAUCACCUCCCACACUCAUCAUCUUCACUUGGACGACCAUUUUCUAGUUGAUCCUGAACAAUACAAUUGCAAGGAAACUACUACUUUCACUUCAUCACAUAUGAAGACUUCCGCCUAUGGCAGCUGCUGGGAAGUUCCAGGAUGCAACUCAUUUGCUUAUCAGUACAUGCAACCAAAUUAUGAUGAUAAGGGUUCUGCAAACACAGCGGAUAUCAACGGGGAUGAUUUAAGGCUUAAAAUUGCCUUCCGAACCAAAUCUGAUAUUGAGAUAAUGGAUGAUGGGUACAGAUGGAGAAAAUAUGGGAAGAAGAAGGUUAAGAAUAACCCUAACCCAAGGAACUAUUAUCAGUGCUCAAGCGAAGGAUGCAAGGUGAAAAAAAGGGUUGAAAGGGAAAGAGAAGAUCCAAGGUUUGUAAUAACUACUUACGUGGGGAAGCAUAACCAUGAAACCCUUUCACCUUCUUCUUUAUCUUCUGCUUUCGAUAUCUCCCCUUCUUCUCACUCAACCACUUUACUUCCACACACGCUUCAAAUUCUUCAUCAACCUUAGCUACCUACAUUUCAUUCCAUCUAUAU